AUGGCACUGCCCAUGAUGAGGCUUACCCGAGCCCUAGACCUCGUAAGCCUCAGCGCAAGCAGCGGCCCUGCUACAGCUGCGCAGCAAAAUCAAUCUUUCAAGCUAGAACAGUUUCUCACAGUGCCGUGCUCAAAUUGUGUCCGAAGAAACCGGGUCGAGUUUUGUACCCCGGCCACUGGUGGUAGAGAUAAUUCUAGCCGAACCUCCAGGAGCUCGCAGAACGUUACAACGGCUCAACAACAGCUGGGCCAGAACAUUUCACCCGAUCCCAUUAUCCUGGAUCACCACCACAUGCAUCAAAGUCACCAAAGUCAUCAACAUCAGCCCACGGUGCUUCCAACUUCCAUCGAAGAGGCUCAGGUUGUAAAUCCGGUGCAGCAACCCACGGCCAGCCCCCAUAAUCACACUCUACAUGGGAACCAUCACCAGUUAGACACGCUCGCCCUUCUCGCUCAUGCGCUGGGUCCCUAUGCCGCACAGGCCUCUUCUCUAAAUACCCCUGGCUCGAGACCCCCAGGUGGGAGGCCAGAGUCUUUAUACAAUCCUCCCACCGGGGGGAGUGGUUCCACCAAUGCUGCUGGGCGAUCAACAGAUGAGGAUGAGCAGGUGGGAUCUUUUGGCACAUUGAUGCUGAGCAAGAGAGGCCGAUCCAAGUAUCUAGGUCCUACCGCGGCCAGUGAAUGGCUAAAUGAGUCGGAAACACAAGACGUAUCCGAGACGCCGUUGGCAACCCGUGCACCUUCGCCAGCACUGCCGCAAGACUCCGCCUCUUUACAGCCUACCCAUAACAAUCCAUAUACUACGACACCGAUUGGAUUCCCCCUGAGCGCCUCGGCGGCUCAUAUAAGCACUCGAGACCUGAUUUCAUGCUUGCCACCGAAGGACGAAGCAUGGGCCCUAGUGGAAUCAUAUUAUCGCUAUUGCGCUUGGCACCAUGAUGUUGCGCCCAGAAGCCAGUUCGAGCGGACUUUUGACCGAGUCUAUAAAAUCUCGGGAAGCGGAACCUCGUCACCGAUAAAUCCACAAGAAAUUGCGCUGGUAUUUAUCGUUAUGGCCCAGGGUACGAUGUUCAACAUUGAGAUGCCCAACUUUGAUUCAUCAGCGGAAGAUUGGUUACAUUUGGCAGAGCGGGCUUUGGUCAAAGGCGACUUUCUGUCCAAUAACACACUCGCCGGGGUGCAAACGCUGCAUUUGAUGGCACAUCUACAUUUACAUUUAGAUAAGGGUCGCCACGGGGACAAUGCAUGGCCGAUAUGGGGCCUUGUUAUGCGUUUGGUUCAGGCAAUGGGCAUGCAUCGGGACGAUGACCGUUGGAACUUGCCACACGAUGUCGCCGAGGAACGACGUAAGGUAUUCUGGGAAUGCAAUGCCGCCGAUGUCUUCCAGGCACACUGCUUCUCAAGACCGUCUGCCAUUAAUCCUGAACACUGCGAUACCGCCUUCCCCUCUAGACAGUCACAUCCUGACGGAGAAAAGAGUUAUUCGAUACUCCGAUUUGAACUAUCUCAACUUUCAGCUGAAAUCCUGAAUAUGGCAAUGAAAGUGCGAAAGCCUGCAUAUUCUGAAGUUACCGAACUGGGGCUUAGGCUCGUCGAGUUUGAACGCAACAUUCCCUUCUCUCUUCGCUGCCGAGCAGCACUUUUGGCCAUGCCGUCGCAAUAUCCAGUUGCGGAAGCCGCAAUUAACGCAUCUCCAGAACCAUCGCGAAGAUCACUGACCAUUUCCUUCCAACAAUCCAAUUUUGCCCUAAACGUGUCCGAGACAAUUAUCAAUCUUCAUCGGCCCUAUUACGCUAAAGCCCUCUACGAAGUUGAUCGUGUGGAAUCAAUAUACAAAACCUCAUUUUAUACCGUUAUUGAACGUUGCGCAAUCAUCAUCGGCCUGGUGACCGACAUUCAUACUCGGUUUCCCGCCGUCAGUACGAGGCAGUGGAAUUUCUGGUAUCAUGUAUUCAACUCGGCUUUAUGCCUAGGGACGCUCGUGUUGCGCGACCCGGGAAACAUUAUGAGUAGCUUUGUCCUCACCCAACUCGAUGCCUCCAUCAGUCUGUUCACGUCGCUCCUCCAACACGGAGCCCGCACCCCUCGAUACAAGCGUAAUUUGCAGUGGCUCAUCAAACUGCGAGCCCGCGCGCUGACCGAGAUAUCGACGGCUUCUACUGCUCAAAGAAACGGUGCACAAGGAGACGUUGAUCAAGGUCAUGGGAAUAAUGCUGAAGGAGAGGGAGACGAUGAAGACGUGGAGCUGCUUGGCUGGAGAACCAGGCUCAUUGAGAGGGCUGGGCAAGAUCGCCAGAAGAUCAUCAGGACGAUCAGUCUCGCUACAGCUCCGGCCAACUCUCAAUUUCCAGAUGGCGGUAACUUGCAGCAAAAAGAGAGUAUGCCGGAUGGGCAGAUAGGCGCCUUGGACUUGGGUCUAUCUAAUGCGUCGCUUCCGAUGGGAACACUGGAUUCGAUGAACGAUGUGCUACACGAAUUCUGGGAUCCGAUGCUCUUACAGGAUGUGUUUGAGGGAUCUCAAGAUCAGUCUAAUCCUUUUCUGAUGAGUCGAGCAACUUGGUGGGAUGAAAGUGCAGCCGCCGCAGAUGCUGUGUAA